ACAACCUUCAGUGUCCUGUUAGUAUGUUGAUAUGUUGGUAUGUUAGGAGCUCAGACUGAACAGGUCCUACUGGUUAACAGUAGUUAGAGCCAAAGUCACAUUAGAAGCAGCAGUGAGAGAUUUACUUCCAAUCCACCUGCUCUGAUGUGGGUUUCCAGGUGGACACUCCACUAUGGAUGUGUCAGAGAAGACAGAGGACAAGUCUGGAGUUCUGAGGAGAUAUCAAAACCAAACAGGCAGGGAACGUUGCCAGUCGAGGAUUGUGCCUAUGACGUUUGAUGGACAGCAGAGCGAGAAGAUGAGCCAACUGGACCAGAAUGGACCGGCACCACCUCCACCCAGCUGUGUGUCCAUUAGAAGUGACCGGUCUAAGAGCGAGCCUAUCGCGUUUCGUGGUGAGCAGCCUAAUCCAAAGCUGAGCUCAGAGGUUUCCAGUAACCAGCCCGACUGGAACUUGGACAACAUUUUUACAGUGGUUGAAGAAAAUGUGGUUAAUUUAGUCAGAAAUGAGCUAAAAAAACUGAGGAAGAUUCUGGAUUCAGAACAACCAGACAAGGAGCUGAAAGAAGACGAUGAAGCGAUGGAAGUUGACGACAUCAGGAGAAACAGCAACAGAGAAGCAAUUCUGACCGUCACGCUGAACUGUUUAAGAAUGAUGAGGCAGGAACAUCUGGCUGAGUCUCUGCACAGCAAAUCUCGACUAGCCAGAUGCCAACAGAAGCUCAAGUCUAACCUCAAAAGGAAGUUCCAGACUUUGUUUGAGGGCACUGAUGAAUCUGGAAACCCAAUACGACUGAAGGAGAUCUACACAGAGCUCCAUGUGACACAAGGAGAGAACAGAGCAAUGAACAGUCAACAUGAGGUCAGACAGAUACAAGCAGCUUCCUGGAAGUCUGACCGUUCACACGAGAGGAUCCUCCAGUGUGGGGAUUUGUUUGGAUCCGUACCUGGCAGAGGCGAACCAAUCAGAACUCUGGUAACAAAAGGUGUGGCUGGCAUCGGCAAAACGGUCCUGACACAGAAGUUCGUCCUGGACUGGGCUGAGGACAGAACGGGACGGGACAUCCACUUUAUCUUCCCAAUCGCUUUCCAUGAGCUGAACUUAUUGAAAGAGCAGAACUUCAGCUUGGUGGAGCUUCUUCAUCACUUCUUCACUGAAACCAUGGAGGCAGGAAUCUGCAAAUUUGAAGAGUUGCAGGUUUUGUUCAUCUUCGAUGGUCUGGAUGAGAGUCAACUUCAGCUGGACUUCAAAACCAUCGAAAUCCUGACCGAUGUUACAAAGCCGGCCUCGGUCGUUGCGCUGAUCACCAACAUCAUCAGGGGGAAGCUGCUUCCUUCUGCUCAGCUCUGGAUCACCACUCGACCUGCAGCCGCCAAUCAGAUCCCUGCCGCAUGCGUUGACAUGGUGACGGAGGUCAGAGGCUUCACUGAUCCGCAAAAGGAGGAGUACUUCAGGAAGAGACUUAGAGACGAGCAGCAGGCCACAACAAUCAUCUCCCACAUCAAGAGCUCAAGAAGCCUCCACGUCAUGUGUCACAUCCCAGUGUUCUGCUGGAUCACUGCUACAGUUCUGGAGGAUCUGCUGGAAACCAGAGAGGGAGGAGAGCUUCCCAAAACCCUGACUGAGCUCUACAUCUAUUUCCUGGUGGUUCAGACCAAACAGGGGAAUGUAAAGUAUCGUGGAAGAGCUGAAACAGAUCCAGUCUGGAGCUCUGAAAGCAGUGGCACAGUUCGUGCUCUGGGAAGGUUAGCGUUCGAAACGCUAGAGAAGAACAAGCUGAUCUUCUAUGAAGAUGAACUAAUGGUCUGUGGGACGGACAUAAAAUCUGUAUCAGUCCAAUCAGGACUCAUCACAGAGGUGUGGAGAGGGAAGCGUCGGCUGAAUGAGAACAAGGUGUUUUGCUUUGUCCAUCUGACCAUUCAUGAAUUCCUGGCAGCUCUUCACGUCUUUCUGACAUUCAUGGAAACUGAUGUUGAUCUGCUUCGAAGUAAACGGUUGACAUUACGCAUAAAGUCUAAAACCAAACACUUCUACAGGACUGCAGUGGACAGAGCCUUGGAGAGUCCGACUGGACAUCUGGACCUGUUUGUCCGCUUUCUCCUGGGCCUUUCGCUGGAGAACAACCAAACUCCACUGCAAGGCCUCCUGAAAAAGACAGGAACCAGUCCGGACGUCAGCGGGGCAUUAGUGCAGUACAUCAAGAAGAAGAUCAGAGGCAGCCUCCCUCCAGAGAGGAGCAUCAACAUGUUCCACUGUCUGAAUGAGCUGGACGAUCAUUCUCUAGUGGAGGAGAUGCAGCAGUACCUGAGCUCAGGUGGCGUCACCGCAGAUAAGCUGUCUCCCUCUCAGUGGGCAGCGCUGGUCUUCAUCCUGCUGUCAUCACAAAAAGACCUGGAUGUGUUCGACCUGAAGAAAUUCUCCGGCUCAGAGGAGGGACUCCAGUCACUAGUGCCUGUCGUCAAAGCAUCUAGAAAGUCUCUGUUAAGUGGGUGUGGCCUUUCACCGAAAAGCUGCGAUGUUCUGGCCUCGGUUUUUACCAGCAAGGACUCGAACCUGAGAGAAGUGGACCUGAGCAACAACGACCUGGGUGACACAGGAGUGAGGCUGCUCUCAGCUGGACUUGGUUGUCCUCACAGCAAACUGGAAGUUCUCAGGUUGUCUGGCUGCCUGGUCACAGAGGCAGGUGUUGAUUCGUUGCUUCUCGCUCUGAGCGCCAACCCGUCCCAUUUAAAAGAGCUGGACCUAAGCUUUAAUCAUCCAGGGGACUCGUCCAUACAGCAGCUCAACGCUCGACUCAAGGAUCCUCAGUGGAAUCUGAAAACACUUAACCUCGAUCACUGUGGUGAGUGUCGACUGCAACCAGUGCCUCAGCGGUAUCUCUGCAGUCUGUCACUGGAUCCAAACACAGCAAACAGAAACAUCUGUCUGUUUGAUAUGAACACUAGAGCAACAGUGGUGGUGGAGAAGAAACCUUAUCCUGAUCAUCCAGAGAGAUUCGACACCUGGAAACAGCUGCUGGGUAGCGACGGUCUGACAGGUCGCUGUUACUGGGAGCUGUACUGGUUGGGACGGGUGAAUGUGGGAGUGGCCUACAGAGGGAUCAGGAGGAGCGGAGACGGUGACAGCUGCUGCCUGGGCUGGAACGACCAGUCCUGGAGUCUGAUGUGUUCUCCUAACAGCUUCACGGCCUGGCACAAUAACACGGUGACAGACAUAGACGGCCCACCACCCUCUGAGUGUGACAGAGUGGGGGUGUACCUGGACUGGUCUGCAGGGACCCUGUCCUUUUACAGUAUCCCCACCUCGUCUAACCAACUGAUCGAGCUGCACACCUUCCACACCACCUUCACUCAGCCAGUCUACCCAGCGUUUGGGUUUGGGCGAAUGACUAAUGUUAGGACUGAUUCCAAAUUGUUACCAUGCUCAAUUGUUCUAUCACAGGUGAAGGAAUGAACAAUGUGUUCACUGGACCAAUAAAAAGAAAAGCUUUGAAGCUUUGUGUAAAUGAAACCUGUCCUUUUCAACAUGAUGGAAGCCUACUGCAUGAGGAUCUCACGUUUUAUAAAGGUUCAUACAGAGGUAAAAGAUCUGAUGUGUAGGUCAGAGGCGCCAACGUAAAACAAGAGCUAAAAGUGAAGCAAUACGCUAAGGAGCUGAACUGUGAAUGGUUUAUAAGCGUCCUCUGAUGGAAGGUAAAAGCUGCUGCAGUGAACUAGGCUAAAGGAGUACAGGGUCUUAUUGCUGGACAAAGAACUGGUCCUUGGGGGUCAACGUGAAUUAAUAGAAACACAAAAACUAAACAAACAAACAGGAUGAAAGCCAGACCAAAGUUGUACCAGUCGUACCCACCCACACUCUGUUCAGUGGUUCCAUGGUGCCAGUGACAGAGAAGCUCUUACUACUGUAUAUCUAUCAGUCUACCAUUUGGAAAGUGGAUUAAAGAUUGUGUGAAAAAUAAAAGUU